GUCGUCGACCGGCACAUCACUGCCCAGUACAGCGUCCAGUGUCCCCACAGCCCCAAGCUCUGAAGCUACAGCCCUUGUCCUAUAGCGGUUGGGUGCCGUCCCCUCUAUCUUCUACACCCUCUGUGUUUGUUUUGAGUCGCUGAAAACUACUGUGAUUGACAUAUCAGGAACAAGCCAGGGGCCAUGGAUCCAGGCUUCGUGCGAUGGUUCUGAAGCACUGAGAUUUACCGAAUAAUCGUUCCUUCAAUUUUCACGGCCUUUGGUGCUAAGGAAAGCAUCAGUCAGCAGUCAGCAGCCAGCCACGUCGGACGUGGACGAUGCCCUCCCUAGGCACAUCCCUCCGCCAGCGCGCGUUCAAGAAAGCGAAGAAGGCAACCGGGGAAUGCCGCAGCGACCAAGCCUCCCGUGCUCCUACCAUGGCGGACAUCGGGGCAGCAUCUGACACCCCCUCCCCGAUACCCCUCCACCGCCGUGUCUUUCGAAAGGUAACGAUAUCGAAGCGCAAGCGUCAGGUGGCAGGCACGGUAGGCUUCGUCGCCUUGGCUGCUCUUUCCAAAACCGCGGACGACCUGAAUAUACCCGGGAUCAAAGCGGCGGUGGGAGUAGCGCAAGAGAUCGCGAAAUUAGUGCAGAACGCGAAAAGGAAUAAGGAGCAAUGUUUUGCUGUCCUUGACCUGGUCAAUGCAGUCGUGCAGGUCCUGGUAAAGGAGACCCAAGGAAAAAAUCCAGGCGAACUGGGUGAUGGGUUCGAAGCAGCCAUCGAACAAUUCAGGUCAGAAUUGGAGUGUGUACGCGAAGAUAUAGCAAAGAUAUCUUCCCGAGGGCUCCUCAGGCGCAUGGCGGCGACCGAGGACGACAAGGACGUCAUUCAGAAAUGCAAGAAUAAACUUGAUACCGCAAAGGCCUGGUUCAGUGUGUCCAACCAGGUGGCCAUCCGUGUGGCCGUUGUCGAGACCCGCCAAGGCCAAAUCGCGGUGGAGCCGGUGAUCACCGUGGUCUCGGCGCAGCUGGAGGCAAGCGCGUUCUUUUUUAACAGCUGUUGCGUGGAGGGAGUGCUAAGCUGA